CCUCCCUCCCCUGCAGCCCUUCGUCUCCCCUCCCGCCGGCGGCACCGGGCUCCAGGGGGCCAGAGGCUCAGCGGGGUGGGGGGGAGGACAGGAGGGGAGGAGGAGGGAGGGGGACCCCCGAGUCGCCCCCUCUCCUCCCCCCGCCCCCCCCUGCUCCAUCCUCCGCCACCGCCCGAGCAGCUGCGGGGCCACCGCCGCCGCCGCCACCGCCUUUGCAGGCUGAGUCAUCACUAGAGAGUGGGAGGGGCGGCAGCAGCAGCAGCAGCAGCAGCAGCAGCAGCAGCAGCAGCAGCAGCGAAUCCAAACCCUACAACUGACCUGCAAAGCACCAUUUCUCCAAGUUGGGGGCUCAGAGGGGAGCCAUCAUGAGCGAUGUUACCAUUGUGAAAGAAGGUUGGGUUCAGAAGAGGGGAGAAUAUAUAAAAAACUGGAGGCCAAGAUACUUCCUUUUGAAGACAGAUGGCUCAUUCAUAGGCUAUAAGGAGAAACCUCAAGAUGUGGACUUACCUUAUCCCCUUAACAACUUCUCAGUGGCAAAAUGUCAGUUAAUGAAAACAGAACGACCAAAGCCAAAUACAUUUAUUAUCAGAUGUCUUCAGUGGACCACUGUUAUAGAGAGAACAUUUCAUGUAGACACACCAGAGGAAAGAGAAGAAUGGACAGAAGCUAUCCAAGCCGUAGCUGACCGAUUGCAGAGGCAAGAAGAGGAGAGGAUGAAUUGUAGUCCAACCUCACAGAUUGAUAAUAUAGGAGAGGAAGAGAUGGAUGCAUCUACAACCCAUCAUAAGAGAAAGACAAUGAAUGAUUUUGACUAUUUGAAACUACUAGGUAAAGGCACUUUUGGGAAAGUUAUUUUGGUUCGAGAGAAGGCAAGUGGAAAAUAUUAUGCUAUGAAGAUUCUGAAAAAAGAAGUCAUUAUUGCAAAGGAUGAAGUGGCACACACUCUUACUGAAAGCAGAGUACUAAAGAACACCAGACAUCCAUUUUUAACAUCCUUGAAAUAUUCCUUCCAGACAAAAGACCGUUUGUGUUUUGUGAUGGAAUAUGUUAAUGGUGGAGAGCUGUUUUUCCAUUUGUCGAGAGAGCGGGUGUUCUCUGAGGACCGCACACGUUUCUAUGGUGCAGAAAUUGUCUCUGCUUUGGACUAUCUACAUUCUGGAAAGAUUGUGUACCGUGAUCUCAAGUUGGAGAAUUUGAUGCUAGAUAAGGAUGGCCAUAUAAAAAUUACGGAUUUUGGACUUUGCAAAGAAGGGAUCACAGAUGCAGCGACCAUGAAGACAUUCUGUGGUACACCAGAGUAUCUGGCACCAGAGGUAUUAGAAGAUAAUGACUAUGGCCGAGCCGUGGACUGGUGGGGCCUAGGGGUUGUCAUGUAUGAAAUGAUGUGUGGAAGGUUGCCUUUCUACAACCAGGAUCAUGAGAAACUCUUUGAAUUAAUACUAAUGGAAGACAUUAAAUUCCCCCGAACACUCUCUUCAGAUGCAAAAUCAUUGCUUUCAGGGCUCUUGAUAAAGGAUCCAAAUAAACGCCUUGGUGGAGGGCCGGAUGAUGCAAAAGAAAUCAUGAGGCAUAGUUUUUUUUCUGGAGUAAACUGGCAAGAUGUAUAUGACAAAAAGCUUGUACCUCCUUUUAAGCCUCAAGUAACAUCUGAAACAGACACCAGAUAUUUUGAUGAAGAAUUUACAGCUCAGACUAUUACAAUAACACCACCUGAAAAGUAUGAUGACGACGGCAUGGAUGGCAUGGACAACGAGCGACGGCCACACUUCCCUCAGUUCUCCUACUCUGCCAGUGGACGGGAAUAAGUUCCUUUCCGUCUGUUUCUACACUGUCAUCUUAGACUUUGCCACUGAGACUGAUUGCUGGACAUCUCCACCAGUCCUCGCUCUUACAGUUAGCAGGGGCACCUUCUGACAUCCCUGGCCAGCCAAGGGUCUUCACCCUCACCACCUCUCACCCACAUGAAACCAUAUACACAGACACUCCAGUUUUGUUUUUGCAUGAACUUGUAUCUCAGUCUAAGGCCUCGUGCUGUUGCUGCUACUGUCUUACUAUUAUAGCAACUUUCAGAAGUAAUUUUACAAUCUUUGGGAGUCAUGAGCCCAUCGUUCAUUUGUGCAUCAAGUGUCAUCUUUUGGUUUUUGGUUUUCCCUAGCAGUGAAGGCUAAAUGAGAUACACUGAUUCUAGGUACAUUGUUAACUUUCUAGGAGAUAAAUCAAGAACUAAUUAGACUAAGAAGAUUUAGUUUUUAUUUCUGAACAAGCAAUUGUUGAAGGGUGGUGGUGUGUGUAUGUAAGAGUUUAGCAGUGUAUGUCUGACCAGCACAUGAAGUUUGUAUCACUGACAUUUGGCUGGAAAUUCUUAGGAAACAUUGAGAGGACUGAAGGGCCAAUGAGAUACACAUGGUUUUUGUUUGUUUGUUUGUUUAAAUCCUGCUGGCUAUUGUGGAGGAAGCCCAGUGCCACCCAUGGAUGCCCAGGUUUCAAGGGCAAAUGGAUAUUGUUCAACCAAGUACUGCCGGUGCAGAGUCCCCUAGAGAGUCUUAGGAUCUACUUUGUACCAGAGAGUAUUUUUCCCCUGGGCUUGGCGACCUUUUUCCCUUCUUGAUAUUUAUCACCUCUGAUGGCUGAAGAAUGUAGACAGUAUAAUGAUCCUGCUGUCGCCAAAAUCUAUACACCAAGGUGAACAGGUGUUUGCCUUACCAGUUUUGAAGUUUUUACUUUCAGUUAUAGGUAAAUUAGCUUUUUCUCAGAUGUUAAAACUUUGAAUGUCCUUUAUGGCUUUGUUUAUAUUACAGUAGUAUUUAUUUUUUAGUGAUAAGAAUUGUGUUGUUAUGUUAGCAAGCGCAGCUCCAACUCCCAGGUCAUUGCCUGCGUUUUCUUUUGACCCAUGUGCAAGGAAUGUACACACCCAUUAGAAUCAUGCACUUUUUCUCCUACGUUAAAAAUAACGGUAAGGCUCUGGGACUGUAUCUGUUGGUUAGAAUCUGGCUAGAAUCUUUGGGAGAAGAGAUGCUGUAAUUGAACCCCUUGGAGCUGAAAUGAGAACAUCCCCAACUACCCAAUGCCAAGGGAUGGAUGUUGCGGCUGCUCACGUGAGUGGAUGUGAGAGGAUAGCCUGGCAUAAAGUAGUGGAGAAAGCUGAGACCCAAAUGAUGAUGAGAAAUGAACUCUACUCGGCAAAAUGAACACAUCACAAAUAUUCACACAGUAGGAAAUAAAGGAUAAGAAGCUGAUGUGUUUAUUCUUAUCAAGGUACAUUCAUUACUUAAUCAAGCCAUCAGGGAAAAACAAGAAAACAAAACACCUCUAGCUUUUAUUUUUCUGUACAUAUUCAUGUCUCCCAACCCAAACAUUUCUCACUGAGAGGGGACAUGUAUGCAAACCUCAUCUUUCUCUUUCAUUAAUGAUGAUCUUCAGAUUAAACCCUUUGGUGCUAGGAGCUGACACUUUCCAAAGCAGACUAUGAAGUCCAAGGAUCAAAGCCUCUCUUGCAGCAAGCAAGAGGGCAACUGCUGCUCCAAGGAGUGAUCAUGGAAAUGGAUUCCAGUUACUAACUGACAGCUCCAAAUGGAAGACCACAGUGUGACAUAGUGUUACUGCGUUGUCUUUUUGAGUAGGAAGUCAUGUUCUCAUGCAGGUGUCUUGCUUGGCCUCCAGGCUCAGACUUAGAGACGCAGAGCCGCUGCUGGCAGUGGCUGGCCGCUGGGACUGCUGGGGUAUGAAGGGCAUUUUCCUAAGGCAGCUAAGACAGACUCAGACAUAGAUUGUUGUCCUAAUUUUUCAUGUUUCUACCUGGGUGAGUUUACCCUUAGUAGGAAGUUAAACAGAUGCACAUUCUUCCAUCUGCAGUCUUCUGCUUUCCUACAUAGAAGUAUGUUGAAUGUUUCACAUUGACGAAGUAGAUGAGAUGGUAAGUCCUUUAAGUUACCUUGCAUCCAUUCUGUAAGAAAGGAGAGGAAAAAAAGCAAGCUGAGCCUGGCCAAUGUUCAGAGCAUUUACUCCCUCAGAGGUAACAGACACUGUACACUAAGCACACAGCUUCUUUUGUUUUGUCUCUCCUCCCAAGUCUUAAGGUAAUUUCAUGACCUUGGCCAAGGAUACUUUGUGAAGAUUAAUGAGGGGACAUUGACAAUGCCUCAGGCUGGCCACUCCUCACACCUGGCCCUUGGUCCCCAGCCAUUCAAGGGGUUACUCAUCCCAUCCCUGACUACCUGAGUGUCACCACAGGUGGGUUCUUGGCUUUGAGUUCAAGAAUUCUUUCCUUAUACCCUCCACCAGAUGUCAGUGGAAAGGCAGAAGUAGAACAGAGGUGUGGGAGGAGACUCUAGAAGAGUGGGAGGAGACUCUAAAAGCUUGAGUUGCCCAGGCCUCCAGCUUAGGGUUCUGGCAGUUGAGAUGGCCUGAAACCUGGCAUCAUCAUGUCUGGGCAGCUCUGGCUUUGUGAGUCCAGCUCCUACCAACUCCACCUUGACCUGUUGUCUCCAUGCAGGGCUGUCUGGGAGGAAACUGGCCACUUCUGCUCAGACUGCUGCCAGCACUCUGAUGGCUUUGCUCUCUGCACUAAUGACAUAGAUUAUUCCAGUAUUGUUCCUACUUCCCACCUGACCUCCAGCUUCUCAGAGCUGACUUCUUGCAGGGGCCACAUGCUUCUCUUUCCCUCACUAACUGCAGGGUCUCUACCACACCUCAGUGUACACACUUUGCUGCUACCGUCUGUACUGUCUACAUCACGGUUCCCUUAGCUUGCUCCUGGUAGUGCAUUACAGGCAAGCAUGAAAUGUAAAGUAUUUAUUUAAAUAAAAAGGAAACCUCUGAAUUGGUCAUCGAGUCACCUCCCUGUAGAUUUGUAGUCUGUGACAUAUUUUGACUUUCUAGUUCUGCUAGAUCCAUACAAGCUCUGGUCAUCUGGUUAAGGGUUUGAAGCAGACACAGCUAUGAACCCGGAUGCUAUCAUCACUGUCACGGCUGGCCACACUACAGAUGUUCAUGUCCUUACGUUUAUGACCCACAGGGUGUGAAGUAACUACCAAGAACCUGAUUUUGUACACUGUCCACUCUCAGUAUCUCACACUCUCUGAUAGGGACACACAUUACUUCCUUCGUACAGACAGCUUAAAUAAAGCCCUAUGUCAAUCUGCUGCUUCUCUGUUUGUUGUUGUUGGAUAUGGCUCUGUAAUUUCAGAAAACUAAAUUUCCUUUUCUGGAAAAAUGAUUAUAGCCCCAGCUGUUAUUAACCAACCCUGUAUGAAGGUGUGAUAGGAAAAGAGGUAAAUUUCUCUUCCAUAAAACACAUAUAGGGUGUUUUUACUUGACCAAAAUGCCAAUAGCAUGCUUGUACAAACUGAUAAAGGGCUAGGAGUGGAGUCCCUGGCCACCAGCAGUAGAUUUUAAGGCACAUCCACUAGGGUGCCAGAGAAAGAGUAGGUUGCAGACCCUAAAGGUCUUAAUAAGAAAGGGUGUGGGCCCAGAAUCCUCAAGGAAUGCAGCUUCUCACUAAUGUCUUCCUGAUAACAUGCUGUGCCACACCCUUCCUGGCAAGGGUGUCUUUAACCCUUCAUGUCAAUUUGACUUAGACGUGAGUAAUUGAUGACUAGAAUGUCUGGAUUCCAUUGUUUUGGACGGGGUGUCUUUCUGAUUUUUACCUCAUAAACUACAAUUGUAGAAUUUGGCUUUGCUCUUGUGAGUUCAACAGAGAGAGGAAUGACUUUUGGGACCAGUUAGGCAUGCAUGUGUAUUUCUCACAGCCAAAUUUGGGGACAUUCAUACAUGUGCUGUCCUCAAAAUCAACUGGGGUUGGCAGAUCCACGAGGCUGAAAUAAAGUGACCUCUACAACUCUCUAAAGGUGCUAUUUUUAGAAUAUUGUAUAAUUUAUUCCUGGUAUACAUAAAACAGAAUUGAGGACAGUUAAAACCUGUGACAGCUUUAUGUCUAGCACAGUUGAUGAAACCAGAAACUUGUAACUCAGAAGUUGUGCUGUUCGAGGCUUGCACCUUUGGCAUGCCCCAGAGAUGAGGAUGGCCCAUGUGCCGUCAUGCUGCCAGCACACCAUGGCCUAAGCUGCAUGUUUGUGAAGGGCAGGCUGAGCAUGUGGACACCAGGCCUCUGCUGAGAGCCCCAGGCUGCCAGGCAGCCGGGCUGCGGGCAGGGAGAGGUGAGGUCUCGCAUGCAGGCUUGCCCUUAGUCUUUCAUCCCUCCCUCAGACGCCAUGACCAUCUCAGCAUCCGGGCUUUAUCUCCAUCUGUCUUUUUGGUUUUGGUUUAUUUUGUGGUGCUGGGGUAGGAACCCAGGGUCUCACACAUGCUGGGCAAGUGCUCUGCCACCAAGCUACACCCCAGACCUUCCAGUGUCCAUUUGUAUUCCUUUGAAGCAUUUGAGGGCUUGACUGUAUAGUAGAAAUACUAUUUUAGACUAAGACUAUGAUCUGUGUACAGAUAUUUGAUAUACUGUUAAGUAAAUUUUCUAAUUUCACAUACAUUUGUUUUUAGGCUCCUCUCAAAUACUGCUAUUGAAGACAAAAAUCUGACACCAUCGAGCCAAAGAUGCCUUUUUGGGGGGAGGGGGAGGGGUUUGCUUUGUGUUGUUCAGAAUGGGAAGAAAAAUGCAGAGUGCUUCCUGAGUGCACACAGUUCGAUGGGAAAUACUGGAUGCUGGCUAAAGGUAGACACAGUCAUGAGCGGAAAGAAGCAGUGGCCGGCAGGAGGAGGGGGGUCUUCUUCAGUCCACGUUGGCUGACUUCAAACAUGUGCCUUUCCGUGUGUUUUGUCAUUGCUACAAAAUGAAAAGGAAGCAGAACAACUCAAGUCUUUAGGAAGGUCAUUUUAUUAAUCCCUGUGCAUACUUUAGAGACAGCAUAAAUCAGUGACUUGAAGCUGUUCUGAGCACACACUCCCAACGAGCCCUAGCCAGUUGAUGCUGAAGCAAGCUCCCUGUCCGUAGCACAGGGACAGACCAUGGCAUGAGAACCAGCCCCCCUGCAGUCCCCGGUGGUGUCUCCCUGGGGAGGUUUCGGUGCACUGUGGCACAUUAAGUACAAAUCAGAUGAAUGUAAAUAUCUCUUUGUAAAUCAUUUAUUUCACUCUGUUUCAUCCAGGUCAGCAAUCAGAUUGUGGCAUGCUGGGUAACUGGAAAAAAAUGAUAAUAAAAAGUAAGUUUAAAUA